GCCAGGCCCCAGUCGGCCAUUUGUGAACGACGAAUUACAUUUACAAAAUCCCCACUGGGUUCAUUCCACUGAUUAAAAUACAUUGUGGUGGUUGCCCAUGUUCUGCAACUUGCUUUAGUUGAACUCGUAUCUAUUCUAUGUAUUUGGCUUCAGAAGAAUAUUUAACGAUGUUCCAUAAUAGUAGGAGUAUUGGGUUAUUAUGACGAUAUAAACUCGGAGUAAGUAAAAACAAUUUCUACUACAGUGCCUACGUACUUCCUACAAUGAUUAAUCUUUUAGGGCAAGGCUCUUCAAUAUUUUAUGUAAAUUAGUAUGUAUUGGUGUAAAGUGACGUAUAGUGCAUUCAGUGUUGUCAUCACGUGCAAGAACGCAGACGGGGAGUUGUGAAGGUUUGAAUCGUCGUUACUAGAAUACAGGAUUGGUUGCUAUCACGGCGUUCCUAAUAUAUUCGUAAGCGUCUGAUGGCAUUUUGUGCCAGUGUCUGUUAAGUGUAGUGUCGCCAUGGGACCGAAACCUCCACCACCGCCGGGUCCUCCUCCGCCGCCUGGGCCGCCACCUCCUCCUGUGUUUGGAGGUGGCUCGAAGGGUGGUGGUGCUGAUGACAGAAAUGCCUUGUUGAGUUCGAUACGACAGGGAACAAAGUUGAAAAAGACUCAAACAGUGGACAAAAGUGGCCCUUAUAUACCAGGGAAAGUGUCAAAUGUGUCUAGUGGAGGAUCAGCAAGUGGGAGCAGUGCGCGGAGUGCUGCUCCACUGCAGAACGGUGGCGGUGGCGCCCCGCCUGGCUUGGGCGGGCUGUUCGCUGGAGGGAUGCCCAAACUGAGACCUACUGGAAAACUGGCAGGUUCCACACCAAAUGGCCAAGUCAAAACCGACGCGCCGCGGUUCCCGCCACCCCAACCGCACCAACCUCCACAAAGGUCUUCCCCAGACAAAGUACGACCGCCAUCAUCGACGAGCAAUGUCGGGGCACUCUCAGCGGCAUUAUCAGAAGCUUUAGCAGGAAGAGAUAGAGAUUCGAGAGAAGUUCACAGAGAGGUCCCAAGAGAGCCCCCUGCGAGGCCCGCUGUUAGGAGACAGCCGAGCGAUAUAAGGACGAGAGGACCCCCGCCUCAACCGCCUAUACAACAAAAACCGGCGAUGCCACUGAGUUCAUCAGAUUCGGUGCUGACAACGAACUCGGUACUGGACCGCAUCAGCAGUCUUCAACAACAAAACUCGGAACAAGUGAUUACUCCUCAUGUCGCCUCCACGCUGCACAGGAAUAAGAGCUCGCUACAUGCGACUGGACAGGGCGCACUGGGUGGGAGUAUGACCUCCCUCUCAUCAUCAUCAUCACCGACUCCCGCACCAGCGUCUUCGCUUUCAACGUCGGAUCUCUGUGACAGACCUCGAGUUAGCCACGGGAAGCCCAACCUAGCACCCAAGCCCCCACAGUUAGCCCCGGCUCCCAACAUUGACACUAGACCUUCGCCCCCGCCUAAGAAACUGAUCACUAACGGCAAAAUCGCUGGACGAACUCAGAGUAUGAGGGUACCUAGAUCUCCACCGGCAUCGCCGUCAUCUCCACAAACAGCUGGUGGCCGGCCGUUCAACUUGCCACCAGCUCCUAUAAAUCCACCCAUUGGUACUAAGAACCCGGCUUCGCAUUUCGCGCCCGCCCGCCACGCGCAGCAGCCGCCGCCGCCCCCGCCGCCACACCACCGACAGACUAGUAUGAACGGCGACGAGGGUGUAGCCCCACUACCACCAGUUCGUGGCUCGUCGAUGCGGUCUCUGGACCUGGAGGCUCGCUUUGCAGACUUGUUCCAGCACCCAUCGCGCUUCCCAGAGCCUGACCCCUUCAUGCGCAUCGCUAAAGGCUACAGCAGCGCCACCGUCGCCGUGAGCAAGGCGCAGGCGCCGCCGCCGCCGCUGUCCGUGCCGCUGGAGGGCUGGACGCGCACCUCCAGCGCCUGCUAGCGGCCCCGGGGGGCGCCCGGCCCCCCGCACGCUGCGUCCUCCGCGCCCGCACCGCACGACCUCAAGCACACUGCGCCCCAGCCCGCCCCAGCGACGCAAGCUGCCCCAGUGGCCCA